UAGAAAACGGUACUGGCUGCUAUUGAUCACGUGAUAUGCUAAUUUAUGGACGUAGGCGGAGUCAAGUCACAGUUAAACGACAACCCCAAAGAAAAAUAAUUUCCAUCCAAUUCACCCAACAAUUAAUGAUCAUGAGUUCGUUUUUGAUGAACUCUCCUCCAUAUGUGGAUCCGAAAUUUCCACCAAGUGAAGAAUACUAUCAAGCAAACUACAUUCCAAGUCAGCGAGGGGACUAUUACAAUCCGCCAAGUCAUCCCUAUCGCUAUAGCGGCGUCAACAGUCAGCACGCGCCAGUGAGUUAUGGCCACGAGCACAGCGGUGCCAACGCAGCGUACACAAAUCAUGGAAGCCCUCCCCGUUACUACCAGCCGCCGUGUUCUCUACCACAAAACUCACUCCACAGACCAACAAUUUUGAGCCCUUCAGUUGACCAUGUACCACUAACCAAUAGUCCGAACCAUAUUUUACAGAGCCCACCGCAGCACCAUCAGAGAUCUCCGGUCUCUUCGCCGGUGCCGGCGCCAGUGCCGCCUGCAGUGUCUUGCAACACCCCACAGCCAACUUCCGAUCUACAAGCUCGCGUACCACACCAACAACAUAUUUCUCCUCAGCAGCAAAGUUUAAUAGAAACGACUCCGGACUGUGCUGUGUCAACGACGGGACAUCCGGUCAUCUAUCCUUGGAUGAAAAAAGUCCACAUCAAUGCAGUGGGAACCAAUGGAAAUUUCUCUCCCGGGGUUGAAACCAAAAGACAGCGGACGGCUUACACGAGACACCAGAUUUUGGAAUUGGAAAAAGAAUUUCAUUUUAACCGGUAUCUUACAAGGCGUCGACGGAUAGAAAUAGCUCAUUCGUUAUGUUUGUCAGAGAGACAGAUAAAAAUCUGGUUCCAAAACCGUCGGAUGAAGUGGAAGAAAGACAACAAGCUUCCUAAUACGAAGAAUGUGAAGAAAAGGAACCAAAACGUAGAACACCUGAACAACCAUACGCAACCAUUAGCUCCUGUAUCAAACCACACGCAACCAGAAGCGAGACUUCUUCCCCCAGCGCCAAGUCAGUCAAUUUCAAUGGACCCUAAACCUGAUUAUGGUUUGACCGAACUCUGAUAUUUUCUUAUGUGUGAAGAUCAUUCAUAAGCUGUGUAGUUCUUGACUAAAAUUUGGGCAGCAUUUUAUUAUGUUAAAUGUUGUUCAAGGCCCAGACUGUGGUGUAUGUGUGUGGAUGUGGUGUGCUUAAGCCUCGCGGUGAUUUAUGUAUAUGUGCAAAAAUGAUGAUGAGAAGCGUUUUUUAUUUACAAUGAUCUCUUAAGCGUCGUUAAGCUUUUUGGUGAGACUAACAGUCUUUCAUAUAACAAAAUGUGUCUCACAAAAGGAAAUGUAUUUAGACAGUUUAUAUGCCUGCUUGUACCCAGCUAGCUGUUCAUUGAACUUGUACAGAAAUCUGUGGUUUCAAGGAGAAAUCCCUAACAGGUAACAGUUAUAUGGGAAGCCGGGGUAUUAUUAAUGUAACAUCUGUAAUUUUUUUUUCCAUUUUGUGUGUGAUACUCAAUCUAAUUUACAGCUUUUUAACUGGUGUGUAAUCACUGUUAGGUUGUACCAUUCUUUAUCGUCUUUAUUAUUAGUAGGUGUAAAUAUCUAUAUAAUUAUAUAUAAAUAUAUAUAUAUAUAUACAUAUAUAAAAUUGUGGUCAACAUUUUGGCUUCCAGGUCAACAACAUGGUCUCAAAACUGGAUGUACACGCAAAAAUAUUGUAAUAUGUGCAUUUUUGUUUAAUUGUGGUGGUUUACGAUCUUGAGACAAACUGGCCUGUCUGUGUCUCUCAGGGUAUUUCAGUUUGACAAAUUCGUAAUUUUAAAGUGAUAUUUAUUCCGAUUCUGAGAAAACAAACACUCAUUUAAUUAUAAUAUAUCCGUUGUUGUGACAACGUUCUUUGGGUUUGACGGUUGGUACUCAUGUAAUGAAAAUGGUGUUUGUGAUGUAUGUAUACUGUUCGUGUGCCAUAACUAUAUGCAGAUGAUAUAUCUUUAUUUUUAUUUCAUCGACCGUUUUCGCCGGUUGUACGAUAACAACAACAUUUUUUUCUAAGUUGUCUUAAGACAUAGAAAGUUCAUUAACUGUGACAUUGGUCAUUAGCAAAUAACUGACUAAAUUAUUUUGUUACGUAAAAUAUUGAUUUUAAUUGUAGUCUGACUGCAAUUCUCUAGUGUUAAAGAACGAAAGGUCAACGCUAGAGUACGCAAAGCAUAGUCAAUUUCAUGUAUUACUUAAUGUUAAAUGUACUUGGUGUCAGUGUAUUUUCAGUAAUUCUCUGAUGUAUAGCCCAUUAUUUUAGUAAAGGGAGUUAAAAUGUCGACACGAGACUUCUUUAGUCUCCACGUGCUACUUAAAAGUCUGGGAAUAGGUAACACCGUUGGUGAUUUUUAAGUAUGUUGUAAGAAACAAGACUGAAAUCGGUUGGUCAGUACCUAGUGGUCAUAGAUUUGCAUUCGAAUCUGAAAGUUCUCCUCUUGGCUCUUGUCGUAACAUGAGUUGUAAUGUGGUCAGUAUUCCUAAUUGUUGGUAAAACCUUGUUUGCAGGAAACGCUAAAGAAAAAUAAUAUCGUAAUAGAACUCAUGAAAAUGAUACUGCUAUUAUGUACCAUCGUGCAUUCCAAGUAGCAGUAGCGACAAACAUGCAACUGUAACCAGAUCUAUUUUUGUAGUAUUAUACUGUUUGCUUCAAGGUCAUGACAAUGAAACCUGUGUACUUUCUGUUAUAAACUAUUGUAAACACAAUCUGUAUAUCAUUGCUGUCAUUACUAUAAUAACGUAGGAUGCAGUGUCCUUUGUAGCAAAUUUAUUAGGAACUAUGAUACAAUAUUGUAGUUUUCCGUUAGAUCUCAGAGUGGUGUUUGACAUUGAGUUUAUAUAUCUUAAUUUCUUCUGUAAUUAAAAUAAAUUUAAACAAAUCAAUUGCCCUAGAUUACAGCUAAGAAAGUCUCUUGUUCCUGUAUUUUAUGUACUUUAAAAAAAAACUUCAGUCCUUCUACUGCUCUAUUGAUGUAGUCCAAACAAUAACUGUCUUUGCUUCCCUCUGGCUGUACCUCAGGAGAAAAACAACAACAACAAAAAACAGGCCAAUAAAUGUGCUUUAAAUUA